AUGAUAAAGCAACCACUAGUCACGUCUGACAGCUUCAUCACCUUUAAUGGCCCCGAGGAAAUGACCAGUGCAAAAGUUCGUUCCCAAACAGCUUCGUAUAUCGGCAGAUACAGGCGACAGAAGAGGACCAAAGAUGCUCUCGUUCGGCGGGACGGCGUCAUUCAAGGAUUUCUCAGCUGGAGGCAUGGCACCGCACCCAUCAUCCAGCAUCGGCAAAAGCAGUUGACAGCUACUACUCAUGAUAAGGCCAGAUAUGAUCCGCAGGAUGUUGUCACAUUAAGGCGUGUGCUAAAUGCAGUGCCUGCAAGCUUAAAUGCAGGAAUUUCGCUUCAGCAGUUCUUUCAAGGGAAUCCAUUUUUCUUCUUCCCUGGGCAGGUCAUGUUGGAUGCUGGUAGUGUGAGUGCGGCUGCCUUCUUCUCGACAAUCAGUUUCGGGGAGGUUGAACAUGCGGUCAUGGGCAUGUUCUACAGUUGGCUAGCUACCCAAUUUCCCACUCAGUUCCAGAUCUCCGCAGCCCUUCACCACAGGGGCAAAGCCAUUUCUGUUGUCAGACAUAGACUUUCCCAAGACCUGUACGAUAACGAGACUUAUCUGAAUAUUCUAUGCACGAUGCAGACAGAGGCGCUAUUGGGCGACGAGAACGCUCUUGGCUAUCAUCAGAAAGGCUUGGAAGCACUUUCGAAGUCGAUGGCAGGGAAGCUGAAUGACUACUGUAAUUCCGUCAAAUCUAGACAUCAAUACCUAGUCAAGAAGGUGGAGGACUCGUUUCUCUCCACUGACAACAAGAUCCGGGAUAUAAACCCGUUGAGGUAUUUGAAUUUGCCGUACCCAAAAAUCAUCGUCAAUAUGCUAUCUAUGCUUCCUUGCGGCUUUCAGGAGCUCGCGUACCAGGAGCACGCGCUAAGUGUAGAGAUGAUAGAGCACCUCGCAAGAACAAUAGGAUGGGAAAUGCAAGUUCGCUUCAACUCUGCCUCGGUUUCAGGAGCAGGCCAUCUGGAUUUGGUGAGCCCACUCUACGCCACGCUGAUCCAUCUGUGGCGCAUCUUGGAGGCUAUGGAUUCAAGGUCGUCGCCCUUGGAAAGAAUAUUCUGCAUAGCUCACUACCUCCAGAUGUCGAGUUUGUACUACCGCAGGAUAGUACUCAACUCGUCGGUUUUCCAGGCUCUUCGUUCCGAAGGAACAGAGCUGGCGAUAGAAUAUCAGCCACAGACCGAAGCUGAGCGCGACAAUCUCAUCUUCCAUGGCAUAUUGAUUAUCAGCACAUGGAAAACUACAAGUGUGCUAGAGUACGACGGUAUGAGACUAUUUAGCAGCUUCAAGCAACGAUUCCCAAAAGUGCGACAAUGGGAUACUCUCGUGAGCAUAUUGCAGAAGUUUCCCUGGUUACCUCCUCUCCGAGCCGAGUGGAAGGACAAUUUAGAGCAAAGCAAUGCAUACGCCGCGCAGUACGGUGAGAUCUUGCCAUAA